AUGAAUAAGUACUCUACCACUGUGUCGGAGGAGAUGUUAAUUGUUGAUGAAAAAUCAAGGAAUUGUUUUGAGGAUUUAACAGGUUGCCUCAAUCCCUUCCGAUUAACAACCUAUCCCAGAAUUUGUAGUUAUUAUGAUUUAAAAUCUGCAAAGGAUAAUCUGGAUGUUUUUAAUGCUGUUGUUGAUGUAGUUUGUUUUUAUCAAGGUAUUAAUUCUAAACAAAUUGAUGUUAGAGUUCCAAUUCGUGGUUCUGGCUUCCUUGUUGCUCCUCCAAACAAACUCGACACUAUUUGGGAAUAUUACUUUGUGACAUGCUUGCAUAACACUCUUCCUUUUGAAUAUGAAUACAAUAAUGAAGUAGUGCAACUUUCUUUAAGAAUGAUGAAAGGAAUUUUAGGGAAGAAUCAUAGGUUUGAGCCAUUAAGUACCAGAUCUAUGAAUUGCACCAUUCUUGCAAAAUCAGGUCUGAAAGAAGAUGAAAAUGUAAAGAAACAUCCAAACAAUGAUUGGGUUUUGAUGAAAAUGGAAGUGCCAAUUGAUGUAGUAUUGGAUGAACAAUAUUUUCCAGAAUCAUACCUUAUUCCAAGUCCUUCAAAGCUCAACCCUCAAUCAGAACAUCACACAAAUCUUAUUGCCUUAAAGAGUGUUAAUUCUAAACAAAUUGAUGUUAGAGUUCCAAUUCGGGGUUCUGGCUUCCUUGUUGCUCCUCCAAACAAACUCGACACUAUUUGGGAAUAUUACUUUGUGACAUGCUUGCAUAACACUCUUCCUUUUGAAUAUGAAUACAAUAAUGAAGUAGUGCAACUUUCUUUAAGAAUGAUUAAAGGAAUUUUAGGGAAGAAUCAUAGGUUUGAGCCGUUAAGUGCCAGAUCCAUGAAUUGCACCAUUCUUGCAAAAUCAGAUCUGAAAGAGGAUGAAAAUGUAAAGGAACAUCCAAACAAAGAUUGGGUUUUGAUGAAAAUGGAAGUACCAAUCGAUAUAGUAUUAGAUGAACAACAUUUUCCAGAAUCAUACCUUAUUCCAAGUCCUUCAAAGCUCAACCCUCAAUCAGAACAUGAUUAUAACAUGUCUAUUCUUUCCUUUCAAGGCAUGCCAACUGAGAAAGAUGUAACAACUUUAGAACAACAUUUAGAUUAUCACACAAAUCUUAUUGCCUUAAAGAGUAUGUUUGAGUUGGAGUGUAAAAAUAUUAGCUUUGGAAAAUUUGUUGAUACUAACGAAAAAACAUGUUGUAAACACUAUAACGCCAGCUCAUUUCCAGGCUCUUCAGGCGGUGCUGUUCUUCCUUGUUGUGAAAAUUAUAGCAAUUGGAGAGACUUUAAGGAGAAUGUAAUUCUUGAUCGAUCAGUAAUAGGAGUACAUACAGGCUCUGAAGAGAAUUUUAAUAGAUGUUGUCCAGUGAGUUAUUGGUUCAAGGCCUUUUACGAUCAUGUGUUUAUUCCAAUGAAAGGAAACUUUACAACGGAGGAAAUUGAAAGAAUAGAGAUGGAGAAUGUGCUCAAUAAUAUCUAG